AGCGACUUCUAAAGAUUGGCCCUGUCGGACCACACGUCCAUUACCGCCGUCAACCAGUCACUGGAAAAUACUCGGCCUACAACACCGGACGACGUAUCGCAGUCAACACCAUUGAUAUUGACGUCGCAACCCCGACAGACCUACCGGAGGGGACGGAGAUCGCCCCAACACAGUUCGGAUUCCAGAUACGUACCUGAUGCACCCCAAGUCGUUGGCUACAUUUCUGUCGUUUGGUUUGAGAGUACUUCUAGAGAUGAGCUGCGAUUCGGCUCGUUAUGGCGCGAUACUUUUCGAACGAGUAGGUACAAUCAGAGUCAUGGUUGAUGGUGAGGUGUUCAAAGAAUGGAAACUCGCCACGCUGCUGGCUGCUUUCCCACCAGACGGACCACCGAGUACGUUCGAACGAGGGACCCUGGCCGACUUCAAGAGCUGGCGCGAGGAGACGUAUGCGGCUCGAGAGAAAGCCGGGCUUCCAGUCAUCCGGCACGAAAAUGUACAAGAACGAUGAAAACGAGUGCUUUAUAUCGCGCUGGUGGUGGAAGUAAGGUCUUGGAGCUAGCUCAAGAAAGUUCGCGAGCAACCACAAUGGAAGGCUUUUCGCUCGCG